GAGCAACGGAUGUCGGAGGUCGUGAAAACAGCGUGACGACGAGCUCGGAAUUGGGGAAACAGCUACCUGUUUUCGGAUUCACCGGGGAUGAGGUGCUCGAAGUCGGUGUCAUAGAAUGCUCGUUGAGUCUGGUGGGUAAAAUAUAUGGAGAAAAAAAGGUGCACUUUGGCGGGCUUAAAGAGACGCUCGGAACCAUAUGGAAAACAAACAAACCCUUCUCAGCUCGUCAACUUGGACAGAAUCUCUUUCAAUUCAUAUUCAAGUCCAAGGAAGAUAAGCAGAAAAUUCUUAGAGGGCGUUCCUGGAACUUCGAUGGCCAAUAUCUUCUUCUGAAGGAAUGGACAACAUCUGUCUCAGACUGUAAGGAAGACGAAAAAGUGGACACUUGGAUUCAAAUUCACAAUCUGCCAUUGCACUGGGUCUCUCAUGAUACUGGUUUAAAGAUUGGUCGGCUGUUCGGCAAGGUGCUGGACGUUUAUGUACCAGACUCUGGGAGUAUCCAUGGCCGAAUAAUUAAAGUUCUGGUGGAGCUUCGGCUCGAUGAACCAAUACUCAGAGGAGCUAAUAUCAACUUGGGACAUGAAUCUUGCUGGGUGGAUUUCAGGUAUGAGGGGUUGCAAACCUUUUGUUUCUAUUGCGGGAGAAUAGGUCACAGUGAGAGGAGUUGUGAUAAAAAGAAAGAUGACAUUGUUAGGAAUGCGUUAAAACCAGGUCAAUUUGGAGAAUGGCUUAGGGCCUCAUUUGGGGGUCUUCAAGGCCUUAGGAACAAAGAUUCCUUAGGCUCAAGUUCUCCUAAAACAAACACAGUCUCUGAAACCUCUGGUAGCAAGUUACAGGUUGGUCAUGAAACUGGUAUAGGAAGUGAUAAGUUAGACUCUCUAAAAAGCUCAAUUAUGAACAAGAAUAUUAUUAAUGAGUCUAGCCCCUCUGCUGUUAAUACUACAACUAAUGUGAGGGUUAACCAAGAGGUUGUUGCUUCAGAAAAAAAUGAUGCACCUCCUGUUACCCAAACAUUAGUUGAAGUGCCAGUCAUACAUGUGAAAUCUUCCAAAAUCCCUCAUCCAGGGAACUCAUCAGGACAACAGAGCCUGAACAAACCCAUCAAAAAUCCAUCUAGAUCAGUUAGAGUUAUUAGAAAAACUCCUGGUGACAAAAUGGCUGUGGAUGGGACUUCAAAAAUUGAAGACACCCCUCUGAAUGUUAAUA